GGGGGGGGGGCUUGCAAAGAAGGAGGCGGCCCUAGAGAUGGGCACCUGCAAUGGUGGCAGAAGUGGGAUCACCCCGUAGAGCCACCUUCCCGCCCUCAAGGUAAAGGUGGGGGGCACGGCAGCUUUUAAAGGGGGAGAUGUCCUCCCCUUCCAAGCAAGGCACCCCCGGUGGGGCGGGCCUCCUGCAAGGGAGCAAGACCCGAUCCUACGGCAGCCUGGUCAAGUCCCUGAGCUCUCCUGCGCGGGAGCGGCGGAUCGAGCAUCGCCUGGAGCCCGGGGACACCUUGCCGGGGCUGGCGGUGAAGUAUGGGGUCACGACGGAGCAGAUCAAGAGGGCCAACCGGCUGUACACCAACGACUCCAUCUUCCUGAAGAAGUCGCUGUACAUCCCCGUCCCGGUGGAGCCCAAGGGGCUGGCCAACGGCCUGAACCUGGAGGAGGAAGAGGAAAAGGCAGAGGAAGAGGAGGCCGGGGGCACCCAGCCCGAGACCCCCAAGCACCAGAAGGCCCAGCGGAAGAACGGGUCCUCGGCCUCCGCCCCCAGGCACGACCUCUCGGCCGCCGAUUUCCUCUUCAAGCUGGACUCUGAGAUCCGACGCUCCAAGCAGGUCGCCGCCAAGAAGCUACGGCAAGGAGAGGCCGCGGUUCCCGAGAACGAGCCGGGGUCCAGCCCUGGGCCCUCCUCCUCCUCCUACCAGAACGAGCCUUCUCCUCGCACUCAGCAGCGCUCCGUCCUGGGCCCCGUGCCGCUCACCAAAAUCGCCCGCGCCGACAGCAUCCGGGAUCAAGAGGACGAGAUCUUCAAGCUUUGAUGGCCGCUGCCUCCCCCCCCCCCCGGCCUGUCAGACGAUUCCCUGGGACUCUGUAUCCACCUGGGGUCUCUGGCAACAUCAUCUCCACCUGUAGUGAAGCCCCCUUCUCCCCGUGUUCUCCCCCUGUCCCUCCCCCCGAGGGCAUCUUGCCUCUAGAAAAGGUCACAGCGUUUGGUUCCCGUGGGAAUUCCGGUGGGACUCACAAGGCCGCAGUUGGGGUCUUGGAAGUUGUGGGCGAAAAUUGGGCCCGCGGUGAUUCUAUCGGCUCAGGUCGGCGUCCCCCCUUCCCCCCCCCAGACACCGACUGGACUCCUUCUGUGUGCUUUUGCCAAGCUCUUUCAUGUUUUUUGUUUGUUUGUUUGUUUCUCCUUUUCGUUCUUUGUGCCGGAUUUCUGUGUGGUGUGGAGUCGGGCCUGUCGCCCGGAAGGGGGACCACGAAAACAGGUCCUGCUCCCCCAGGGGUCGGAGGAGGAGGAGGGGCAACUCUCCCUGCGUGGAGUCUCGAGGCUACUACAGGAAAAUGCUGGGAGGUGGUUGUAAUGGGGGGGGGGGCCCUGAGCUGCCAUGGCCCGGGACAACCUGGUUAAGCUUUCCAAGGCGAUCUCCGCCAUAGACUGGCCGAACCGGGCUGCUGCCAUUGCAGUGGAUGUGGACGACCCUCGCGAGCGCCGGAUCCUCCGUGCAGAUCCGCGCCAGGUAUUUCAGCUGUCCGCUCUUUGCAGCUUCGGCUCUUAUCUCCCAAACGAAUCCUUCCGCAUUCCUGUGUAGAUGUCUGAAAAUCUGCCCUGCUGAGCCUGUUGAGAACUGUCAAGACUCCCUCCUUAACAGACCUGUGGCCUCCCCCCCACCCCGCUUCCUCGCUCUGAAGUCAAGGCCACUCCGCACCCCAGAACAACGAGGCUCAAUUGCUCUUGAUAGCGACGGAUCUUUCCUCUCAGGAAGGUUACCUCCAUUCCCGGUAGAGAAAGGGUGGGAUUAUGAUAGAAAGCCGCUCCACGCUUCAAAACAGUAAAAAGCCCAGCAGCACCUUUAAGACUAACAAACUGU